AUGACCAGUAAAGAAAUGCGUUUUAUAGAGAAAAUCGUUGUAGACAGAGUUUACCUAAGGGCCGCGAGAUCCCCCCCUCGUGAUUGCCGCUACUUCACUGCGCUGGAUGCGCGACCCGACCCGAAAAGUGGCCCUGGUCCACUUGAUUCUCACUGCACUCCGUGUCGCGUUCGGGCGAUGAAAGCCGCCGCCGGUGAGGAAGCCCGGAAAAGGAAGAUGCUACCGUCGGCGGACAUCCGGUCCUUGCUGACCAAGGUGCGAGAAAUGGAGCAUCGUCUGGGCCCGCCGUCAUCCGGGUCGACGUUCGGCCGGCACUCUUGGAUGGCCGGCGAGCGGACUGAUGCCAGGAUCGUUUCCAAUCACGGCUACGAACCGACAGCCGGCAAGCUGGAAUCCUGCGCCCCGCUUUCCAGAGAGCCGGACGUCGAUAAGGAUAAGAUCAUCAGCAAAUUGCAAUCGCAGGUCGAAGAGCAGGUGCGAGAAAUGGAGCAUCGUCUGGGCCCGCCGUCAUCCGGGUCGACGUUCGGCCGGCACUCUUGGAUGGCCGGCGAGCGGACUGAUGCCAGGAUCGUUCGGUUAGUGCCGAUGCUUGGCUGUCGGCCGUUCGACCUUAGGACGCGGGGCGAAAGUGGGUCAGACAAUUCUGUGGACCAGCUUAUGUUGCCUACAGUAGAAACCCUCAAGCAAACUUCCUCUCAUCAAUGCCCCCAACGGCUCCUGAGACUACAAGACGCGAAGCAGGUAGAGGCCAAGGCUGCUCGUAUCAAGGAAUGGGUUACCAACAAGCUCAAAGACCUCGAAGAGCAGAAUGCGCAGCUCCGAUUGCAGAAUGAGAAAUGUAACGAGCAGCUGUCGAUGUUGCGGGGGAAGUUGUGCAAUUUUUCUACGAUGCAAUCGCAGGCCAGUCAAGGAAUCCGGGAACGGGUAUCCACGGAGGAUUCCUCUCGCGGGAGUUACGAAGGCAGUCGACCAGAAAGCGAUGAAAGCGGAGCCGUGUGCGUUCUUUCCAAACAUCCUCAACCCGAGCCGAAAUCUACGGCAGGUCCAGUUUACGCUGAGGUGGAUUAUCAAAAGAAGAGCGGAGCCGCUGGACAACGACGUGCUGGCCCACCGAAAGUACUUCUCGAGCGGAAGAAGUUCACGGAUGGCGGAACAGUCAAGUUGAAUGCGCAACGGGGGUCGUCGACGGGGUCUUCUCCGAGCGACGAUCUGGCCGACAAGAGCCGGGGAAGUUCGGAAAGCUUUAGUUUGUCCAAUGCCGGUGAAAACAAGUCUGGGGAAUCGAAGGUGGACUCGAAUUCCCUGGAUAUUGAAACCCCGACGAGCCUGAGUCCCAGAAGUCCGCAUUACUCUGCUCCGAACGCUGUACCGUAUCCGUCGAUUUCUUCCGACACUGAAGACCUCGUUGCUCAAGGGUUGCAGCAGUGCGAAGAGGCCCUGAGGAGUUUGUCGAACGGAACGCUUGGAGAGUCGUUGUAUCAUGUUCCUCCGCUCGACAGAGAUUCCAUUGCGUCCACGUCUGCCGCCCGGAAACCCCCAGCUACACCUACCCCGCCUGUACCGAAGCCUCGUGUUCGCCCAGCGGACGAAUGGCACGAUUACGCGGAGAUCUACACGCCGAGUGGAGAAAAAGUUCCUCCGUGGAUGGCCAAGACGAAUGGGGAUAUAUCCGGAAAACCGCCGACCCCGCCGCUGCAUCGGUGUCCUUCGUGGGAAUCGCGGAUUUAUCGUGUGGCGACGUCGAAUGAGGGAUUCACGCUUACUGGCGAUGGCACGACGCCAUCGCCGACGCCGUCGCGAUCACCGUCCGUUCCGGUGCCGCCUACGUUGGGCGUGGCGGCACCGAUUAGUGUUCGGCUGUCUUGCGACGUGCCGCCGACGCCGAGCAAGACUAAACCCAACUUGGCACUCGGGCGUCGAGACGAUGGCUACUGUCCGCUGCAAAUUCCCGUAUUUGCGACCGUCAAAGGACGAGCUUCCCAAAUCCGAACGAUGCCUUUCAGCGGCGACGAUUCGGAGUCGGAUUCAUCUGAAGACGGUGACGACGAUGGGUCAGCCUACGCCGGUGGAUCCGAAAAACUGGGUGUGCCUUCGUUGACUGGCUCUGCGGGUUCCGGGUCUGGAUCUGGUUCCGGUUCCCUGACGGGCUCGUCUUUCUCUCCGUCGAAGCCGCCCUCUUCUAUUCAGCAGCGCGCAUCACCCGUUUCCUUCUCCCCGUCGCACGCGGGUACUUCCCGGCUUAAUAGACGAGAGAAUUCGGUUGAGUCAGGCCUUUCUGAUGACUAUGCCCUUCCUCCGGAUGCGUAUUUCGACUCUGGUCCAUUGUCCGUGGAAAGCGCUCGUCGGAAUUCCGCGGUUGAAAUGACCCCGCGGAAAACAAGCCAGUAUGCUGGCAUAAUGGAGAAAGCCGGUCCUCUGACUAAACUCUCUGGAAAGCUGAGAACGUGGAACAAGCGCUGGUUCGUCCUGAAAAAGGAAGGCGUGCUUUCCUACUGGAAGUCCCAGGUGAGUUACGAACCCCCGGAAGACGAAGCUUUCCGAGAGAGAAACUCUGAUAACGUUUCUGUUAUGCUUCCCCAGAGUGACUUGAAUAAGAAGCCUCAGGGAGUGAUAGUGCUGGAUGAGAACUGCCGCACACCUUUGGGGCAUUUUAAUUUGCGGGAAGCUCGGAUUCAGGAUAUAGAUCAAACAUCUGAUUCGUCAGAGGAGAACGAAGGGCCAGAGAUGGACGGAGACAACGGGAAACUGACGAUUUCUGUGUCGCCGCCUCACCAGGGUACAACGUAUCUUCUGUUUCCGACUAAAGCCGAAAAGGAUCAAUGGCUGUAUCACAUGACCGUUCUCAGCGGAACAUCGGGCGUCGCUGGAACUCAGUUCGAACAGCUCGUGCAGAAACUCAUGGAUGUCGAUGGUGAUCUCAAUGAUUCCCUUUGGAGACACCCGAUGCUUCUGUACAGUAAGGAACCCAUCACGUCCCCGUUGACGACUCUGUCGACCGAAAUGUUGCAGAAUGAAGCUGUUAAAUUAUUCAAGUCAUGCCAGUUGUUCAUGUCGGUGCCGGUUGAUAGUGCUGGCAUUGACUAUCACGUCGUAUUGGCGCAGAACGCCCUACAGCUAUGUCUGGAUUAUCCAGAACUGCAGAAUGAGUUCAUAUGUGGAUUGGCAAAGCAAACAGCUCGACACCACACGCCGAAAUUCUCCGCGACGCUGGCGACGAGUCAAGUAAACAAGACUUUGAGCAAAUUCAAGAACUCUCGGGAUUCCAAUGCUAGUCUGUCCUAUGCGACAGUUGAUAGCAAGGCGAACCCUCCGUCAUUCGUGUAUAUUCAAGGCUGGCAGCUUUUCUCCCUUGCCGUGUCAUUAUUUCUGCCGAAGAAUAGCAAACUGUUGUGGUACUUGAAGUCGCAUCUAAGUCGAAACGCCGAGAACAAGAGUGAAAUCGGGAAAUACGCUUGCUAUUGUCAACGAGCGCUGGAAAGAACUGCGGCGAACGGACCUCGUGAAAGCAAGCCUUCGAGAAUGGAGACGCUCUCUAUUCUGCUCAAAAACCCGUACCACCAUUCGUUGCCCCACUCCAUUCCUGUUCACUUAGCUAACGGAUCCUAUCAGGUUGUUGGAUUCGACGGAUCGACGACAGUCGAAGAGUUUCUCAUCAGGCUUUGUGCCGAAAUCGGCAUCCGAGACCCGAUACAUUCCGGAUUUGCUUUAUAUUCAGACGAUCCGUUGGAAAAGGAUCUUCAGCAUCACCUCCUCGCCUCUGCAAAGAUCUGUGAUCUAAUUUCACGCUGGGAAACCUGCUUGAGGGAGAAGGGUUCCGGAAAAUUCGAAACCACCCGAGCCAUUAGAUUGCACCUCAAGCACAGACUCACCUGGGCAUCAGAAACAAAAACCGAGACGGAGCGGGAGCGACUCUUGAUAUGCUAUCAAGUCAACGAGCAAAUCAAGCACGGACUGUUCCCGGUAUCCAAAAACUUGGCACUGGAGUUAACCGCUCUUCUGGCUCAGAUGGAGUGCGGUGAUUGCGACGGCGAAAGAAAUCGUGGGAGCGGGCUCGCGCCGAAUAAGGUGUUGGAGAAGUUUUUCCCGAUACGAUACCGUGAGGGAUUAUCUGUCGAGCAAAUCAAAUUACUUUUUGAGGACGUGAUCAAACGAUGGAGAGGCUUGCGAGGUCACGGGUCAAUCGAAUGCAUGCGGGCGUAUCUCAACUGUGUGCGGAAAUGGCCGUUCUUCGGUCAUGGGAUUUUCUUGGCAGAGGUGAAGGGAUACGAACAGAUGGCUCUGUGGAUUGCAGUGGGCGAGACUGGAAUUUUCCUGUUGGAUUUCGUCACUCUGAAACUCAUGGUGUCCUAUGAAUUCUCAAACGUGGUCACUUUCGGUGGCUGUGAAGACGAUUUUAUGCUAGUCGUCGAAUCUGAAUCGUUUCAUCAGAUCGCUGUCGAUGGCUCCAUGCAAACCCGGAAGCUCUUAUUCAGCAUGUCUAAGCCAAAGAUUCUGGAACUGACGCUGUUGAUAGCAGAUUACAUGAACGCCGGUGGUCAUGUUUCUUCAUCUUCCAAUACCGGUACUCUAACCCGACACGGGUCUGGACGCAUGUCCCGACGCAGUGCUGUUCCUCCGACUCCGAAGCAUUGCUCACAGAUCAGUGGAGUGUCCAUUGAUCACGACGCUGGGAUGAAAGCAGCUGCCAACCGCAUAUAAAGGCACUCGUCAAGUGGCCCUCCACCGAAGUGCAUUCGCCCUUACGUUUGCUGUUUUUUUGAUCUUAGUACGUCGCUCUGUGGCUCAUUGCGCGGCACUAUUCACGUUGCCGUGUCGUGCCUUGCGAUGAGGCAAUCUGGAUGCUUAUUCUGGUGGCCGAAUGCGUGACAAGGAAACGGCGAAGUGAUCACCGUCAAAGCUGUGAUACGUGUAUUGAUGAAAUGUUAGAUGCUCUUCCUUAUCUUUGCUCUCCGAUGCGGUGGUCUGUCUUUGAGACACGCGGAACAGUAUCUGUUUGGUGACUCAGUGAGACGGAAGGUGGACACGGUGAAGCCAGUGUGGCUAAAUCGAGUGCCGGCCCGUUUCGAUGCCUUGUGCUACUAGCUCUGGACUGUGUUGUCUCGAUUGUAGGAGGUGAAAGGCACGGAUUCAGUAAGUGGUGCCAAUCGGCUAACGUUUCAGCUCAGGAUGAAAAUGGUCAAAUUCUUCUACACGUAGAAAUGAAUUGGCAUUGUUUCAGUCAGUUGAGGAUUGCCCAGAAAUCGCAUCAACAGAGAAGUUGCGAUUAUCGUUUUCCAGCUGACCGGCCCUGGUUCGUUAAGAGAUUCUUUUACCACCUCGUCUCACGGUUGGACAUUUUUCUAGGUGUUUUUUUUUUCUUUUGAAGAAUUCGUUUGCGCUGAGGUGUUUUUUUUCUCUCUAAAACUGGUAUUAAUUUGCGUCUUAGUUCAAAGUGAGUUUCAUCGAGCGAGUCUGAUGAUUUACCCACGCGUUUCGUUCUGUUCAAACGAGGUAUUUUUUUUUUCGUGUGGCUGAUGGAAAGCCAUGUCACAGUGCCACGGAGAUCACGUAAUCUCGUCGAUUAUUACACAGUAUUUAUUUUCGGAUAUGUUUUGUCAUACACGUUGUGCUGGCAAGUAGAUGUUGCAAGAACGGAAUUUCUGCGGCAACUUUUCGAGACUCUCGAUGCAGAAUCAUCUUUCUAUGACGCACUUUUCGGCGCACGUUCCUUCAGUGAUCGUGUUCAGCUAAUUUAUUUUAGAAGUCUUCCCGUGAUCUGAGGAAGCUUUUACUGCAGUGUUUGGCGUCAAAUCGAUAACGUCUUGGAGAGCUUCCCGCACAACUUUUUAUGGCAUGCGGAUUUUCCGUGUUCGUUUCGCGGGCGGUUUAUCACUUUGUGUAAGGAUUUAGGAUCUGCUUUUGAAUCGUUCUGGAUCUGCUUGUGUGAGGAAACGUAAGAUCUACUGCAGACGCUGUACUCCGGUCAAACCAGGGUUUCAAUUUUUAUUUUAAAGGAAUGUGGUGUAUAAAAUCAGACCAGUGCGUGAAAUUACGACAGCGUGGUGAGAACUUUGAUGAACGUAAUGAAAGCCAUAAUUGCAUGCAUGCGUGCUUUGAUUCUUC